CACGGAAAAACCAACAAAAUAAACAAGUUAAAGUCGGCAUCGAAUUGUGAUUCAUUAAGAUACUUACAUACCAUAACUGAGUAAAAUACACAAGAGCUUCCGAAAUGGGUGAUGCAGACAGAGAGCUUAAUAGCAAUAGCGAACCGGUAAGGCCACUGGUUGGCCUGCAGGUGAUUGCGCCCGAGGAUAUGGCGUCCAUCGAAGAGACAAUCACAAUUGAUCCAGAGUGCUUCGAACUAGAUCUGAAUCAUCGCCGCAUUGAAAAGCUGGAAAACUUUGAGCCCCUCACGCAGAUAGAGCGACUGUUCCUGCGCUGGAAUCUCAUCAAGAAAAUCGAGAACCUGUCGAUGCUGAAGACCCUCGUGGAGCUGGAACUCUAUGACAAUCAGAUAACCAAAGUGGAGAAUCUCGAAGAGCUGACCAACCUGGAGAUGCUGGACCUCAGCUUCAAUCGGCUGACCAAAAUAGAGAAUCUGGACAAUCUGGUCAAGCUGGAGAAACUUUACUUUGUGGCAAAUCGGAUAAGCGUCAUCGAGAACCUGGGCAUGCUGACCAGCCUCACCAUGCUGGAGCUGGGCGACAACAAGCUCAAGAAAAUUGAGAAUAUCGACACACUGGUCAAUCUGCGACAGUUGUUCCUGGGCAAAAAUAAAAUCGCUAAAAUCGAGAACCUGGACAAGCUGGUCAAUCUGGAGAUCCUCAGCCUGCAGGCCAAUCGCAUCGUAAAGAUCGAGAACUUGGAGAAGCUGACCAACUUGAAGGAGCUAUACAUAUCCGAAAACGGCAUUGAAGUAAUCGAGAAUCUGGCAGAAAACAAAAAUCUGGACACAUUAGAUUUGGCCAAGAACCGAUUGAAGGCCAUUGGUAACCUGGAGACCUUGGAGAAUCUGGAAGAGCUCUGGUUAAAUCACAAUGCCAUUGAUGAUUGGAACAAUAUCGAGCUGCUCAAGGCAAACAAGGCCCUGCAGACGAUCUACUUGGAGAGCAACCCCCUGGCCAAAGAUAUUCGCUAUCGAUCCAAGUUGCGCGACAUUUUGCCCCAACUGCAGAAGAUCGAUGCCACCAUGUGCGUGCUUCCGGGCCAAUAGGUUUUGAUCCCUGUACACGUAAUGCACAUAUUAUAUUUAUACAAACUCAAACUCAUCCAGUGGCUAGCCCCAAACAUGUGUUGCAUAUAUCAAUUAACUAUGAAACCUGGCGUUUAAAAAUAUAAAAAACUAAAUUACA